GUUGUGUGCAAUCUUUGGCAUCGAAUAUUGAAGGAAAUGCAUAUAUUUAACACUUUCGCAAAGCUUUGAUAACUUGGUGGUAUUAUGUUUAACUUCAGUCAUUGCUUUUCCUGGCGGGUUCGUUGUCACCUUGGGGACUACGUAUCCGACUUCAUGUUCUAAUCACGUUAAUAGACUGGUGGUUUCGUCGGAUCGAUGCUGGAAAACCUUGGGAUGUUGGAUUCUCCUUCUGGCGACCCGAAUGCUUUGAAGAAAGAUGUGUCUGACUUGAUGGCAGAUGCACGUAAAUCAAGGAAAGCAGUUUUCAGACGAACAAUCGAUUAUAAUGCUUCUGCUAUCAACUACCUUCAAAACAGAAUUUGGGUCAGUAGGGACUUAGACCGUCCAAUGCUUCAGCCGGAUUACUUGUGGAGUCCUAAGGUAAUGUGAGGUAGUGUUCUUCCUACUUGUCAGUUGUGUCCUCCUAGGAGCUACAUGGAUUCUCCCAUGAAUUGCGUCAUGUCGAAGCCUGUUCGUACAUCUACUAAUAAGAAUAAAUGUCCUAUAUACUGCGUUUGUUGGACACCUGAAGGGAGGCGGCUGAUAACAGGAGCUUUCAGUGGUGAAUUUACUUUGUGGAACGGUUUGACAUUCAAUUUUGAGACUAUUUUACAGGCCCAUGAAUCGCAAAUCCGUUGUAUGAAAUGGUCUCACAACGAAGAAUGGUUACUCACUGCUGAUCAUUCUGGAUAUGUAAAGUAUUGGCAAGCUAAUAUGAACAAUGUUGAAAUGUAUCAAGCACAUAAGGAACCAAUUCGUGGCGUAAGUUUUUGCCCAUUCGACAAUAAAUUCGUUACCUGCAGUGAUGAUUCUACCGUACGUAUUUGGGAUUUUCAUCGUUGUGCUGAGGAGCGCGUGCUCCGAGGUCACGGUUCUGAUGUUCGUAGUGUAGCAUGGCAUCCUGUCCUUUCUCUUAUAAUAUCUGGUAGCAAAGAUGCACAGCAACCUAUCAAAUUGUGGGAUCCCAAAACAGGCGAAUCUGUAUCUACAUUGUAUGUACAUAAAAAUACAUGUACAGAUGUUUCUUGGAAUGAUAAUGGCAACUGGUUCUUAACUGCAUCCAGAGAUCAUUUGAUUAAAUUAUUUGAUCUACGCAAUCUUAAAUCAGAGUUACAAACUUUUCGGGGUCAUAAACGUGAUGUCAUGCGUGUUGCAUGGCAUCCAUUUCAUGAAUCCUUGUUUGUAAGUGGUAGUGCUGAUGGUGCUAUUUUUUACUGGCUCGCUGGGACGGAUACUGAACUUGGAGCUGUAGACAACGCUCAUGAAAGCAUGAUUUGGAGUCUCGCUUGGCAUCCGUUUGGACAUAUUUUAGUUUCUGGGGCAAAUGAUUUUGCCACAAAAUUCUGGACGCGCAAUCGGCCAGGUGAUGUUCUCAAAGAUACAAUUAGUGCAGUUGGUCCAGAUAACCUUGUUCAAGCCGUCAGUGCAACAAAUUUGUUAGCUAACACAUAUUCAUUUGGAGACCCAGAAGUAGUCGAUAAUUCAUUUAAUAUUGACCUGUUUAAAUUACUCACGGAGACACCUAUCUCCUCCAACCGGAUAGAUACUCUUGAUGAUUUAGCAUUUUCUACUAAUCCAAAUGACUUGAGCACAACUGAAAUACCCGGACUUAAUGAAGGACCGGUGACAGACUUAAACAUAACUGAUACUGAUGAUCCUGAAGAGCGUGAGAAAAACAAACUCCGGAGUUCUCGGACUAUUCCGAAGGAAUUUGCUGCCAAUUGGGCAAGUACACGGAUCACAGCAAUGCCAACUGUAAUGAUGGCCACACCUAGUCCGUCAGCAAUCGCUGCUGCAGCCGCAGCGGCGGCUGCUGCUGUCAGCAAUCUAAAUGCAACGCCGCAGUAUUUGCCUCCAGUUAAACCACCCGCUUUGAAUAAAGAAAGGCUAGCGCAAAGUGCUGCCCCAAUCAACCCAUCAGAACCGGAAGCUAUCGUAGAUCAAAUACAAGACAGAGGUUUUUGUAAGCCCAACCAAACACCCUUUGUUGAGCAACCAAUUAGUGAGAUGAACAAUGGCGUUUCCACUCAUAAGUAUGACCAACCACCUUUCUCAGAACCACUGCCACCGAGGGGUUUGGAACAACAUGUACCGAUUCCUGAGCAUAAUGUAGACCUCAGAAAUAGUACAAAUCCAUCAUUAGACUGGAAUCAACGAAAUGAAGAACUCUCUUUACAAACUGAACACAACGCACCUUUACAAACAGAACAACCAAACAAUCUAUACCGCGAGCCAUUCAGUGGGCCUCCGCAACUGUAUAACGAACAAGAGAACUUUUUGGAAUCAAAGCCAUUUCCCAGGCAUAGAGAAGACAGAGAUUACAGAGAUCAUGAACACAGCGAGCAAUUUAACCGGCCUUUUCCUGAAAAUGACCAUUACUAUAAUGGACCUCCUGGUGGCUUCAACAGUGGAUCAUAUGGCCAUCAUAAUCGUAAUAUGAUUCCUAACGAUCAAAUGCAUCCAGGAGAAAGGGGUCGACCAUUUUCUCCUAAUAUGGAGAAAUAUCCUUACGACCGAAGGGGUGAUCGACCUCCACCGAUGAGGCAGAACUAUGAUGAAGAUAGUUGGGGUAGGAGAUGGCCAGAUAACAGAAACACUCCUGAUCGGUUAGACUAUCCCCAGGGUCCACCUAGACGUCCUCCGCGAGAACACAGGCCGCCACACCCAGAUUUUUACCCUGAUCCUCGACAUCCGCUCCCUCCUAACUUUGUCCCUCCACAUAAACGUCCACCUCCAAUGGGACCUGGUGGUCAACCGCCUGACCAUAUGAGAAAAUAUCCCCGACAAGACCCUUCUCGAAGCAAACCACCAUGGACUGGUUACAGUCGGUGGUAGUUCAGAAUUAAACAAUCCUUGUACAGUCUGAGCAGCUCCGAUACUGCUUUUCUCCAGUUACAUUUUUGCAUUCUUAAUAAAUGCGUAUUAAACUUGUGUAAA